AUGACAGUUGCCCUGAUCAACCCUCAGACAGAAAGGCCAGGGUACAGCCAUACCUCCAUGGACCCCAGGGGCAUCCUGAAGGCAUUUCCCAAGCGGAAGCAAAUUCAUGCCAAUCCAUCAUCAAAAGCACUUGCAAAGAUGCCCAAGAGGGAAGACGGAGAAGAAGCAGGAGAAUGGCUGAGCUCCCUGCGGGCCCAUGUUGUGCCCACUGGCAUUGGGCGAGCUCGGGCUGAACUCUUUGAGAAGCAGAUUGCCCAGCACGGUGGCCAGAUAUGCCCUGCCCAGGCCCCAGGGGUGACUCACAUUGUGGUGGAUGAAAGCAUGGACUGUGAGCGGGCCCUCCGUCUCCUUAAACUGCCCCGACUGCCCAUGGGUGCCCAACUGGUGAAGUCAGCCUGGCUGAGCUCAUGCCUUCAGGAGAGAAGGCUGGUGGACACGGCAGGAUUCAGCAUCUUCAUCCCCAACAGAUACCUGUACCAACCACAGCCCAGCAAAGCCAACCAAGACUCUUCUAGUCCUCCUGGUCCCCAUGAAGGUCUGCUCGGGACACCCCUGUCUCUUCCCCCUCCUCCUACCAGACCUGUAUCUCCUUUCCAGAAGGCAGAAGAGACACCAAGCACCCAAGCCCAGCCUGGCUCUGAUGAUGAAUCCAGUGAUGGAGAAGAGACCCAGGUUAGCGCAGCUGAUCUGGAAAUCCUGAUCAGCGGCCACUACCCUACCCUCCUUGAGGGAGAUGGUGAGCCUAGCCCAACCCCUGAGGCCUUGGAUAAGUGGGUCUGUGCACAGCCUUCAAGCCAGAAGGCAACCAACCACAACCCCCACAUCACAGAGAAGCUGGAAGUGCUUGCCAAAGCCUACAGUGUUCAAGGAGACAAGUGGAGGGCCCUGGGCUAUGCCAAGGCCAUCAAUGCCCUCAAGAGCUUCCACAAGCCUGUCACCUCUUAUCAGGAGGCCUGCAGUAUCCCUGGAAUUGGGAAGCGGAUGGCUGAGAAGAUUGUAGAGAUCCUGGACAGUGGGCAUCUGCGAAAGCUGGACCAUAUUAGUGAAAGCGUGCCUGUCUUAGAGCUCUUCUCCAACAUCUGGGGAGCUGGAACCAAGACUGCUCAGAUGUGGUACCAACAGGGCUUCCGGAGCCUGGAAGACAUCCACAGCCAGGUCUCCCUGACUGCACAGCAGGCCAUCGGCCUGAAGUAUUACGAUGACUUCCUGGAACGCAUGCCCAGGGAGGAGGCUGCAGAGAUCCAGCAAACAGUCCAAGAAUCAGCUCAGGCCCUCAACCCCGGGCUGCUGUGUGUGGCAUGUGGUUCCUACCGACGGGGGAAGGCCACCUGUGGAGAUGUGGAUGUGCUGGUCACUCACCCAGAUGGCUGGUCCCACCAGGGCAUCUUCAGUCGCCUCCUUGACAGCCUCCGGCAACGAGGUUUCCUGACAGAUGACUUGGUGAGCCGGGAGGAGAACGGCCAGCAGCAGAAGUACUUGGGUGUGUGCCAGCUCCCAGGGCCCAGGCAGCGGCACCGGCGGCUGGACAUCAUCGUUGUGCCCUACAGCGAGUUUGCCUGUGCCUUGCUCUACUUCACCGGCUCUGCCCACUUCAACCGCUCCAUGCGGGCUCUGGCCAAGACCAAGGGCAUGAGCUUGUCAGAGCAUUCGCUCAGCACGGCCGUGGUCAGAGAUAACCAUGGUCUCAAGGUGGGGCCUGGCUGGGUGCUGCCUACCCCCACUGAGAAGGAUAUCUUCAGGCUCCUAGGCCUCCCCUACCGAGAACCGGCUGAGCGAGACUGGUGACCCGUGACUGGGGGGCCCUGGACCAGCCACCCCACCCAGAUGGCCAUCCGGUACCCCUCUCCCACCUCAGCUGGCUGAACCUCACUACUUCAACCACCUGCCGUCCUCAGCAACCACCAGGAUCCCAGGGCCCACACAGCCCUUUCCCAGACAGAAACAAGCUGCUAGCCUUUCUAGCUCACCACGGGCCCUGGUAGAGUUUUGCACAUGCUCCUUGCCCCAUUCUAAGCAGGGAAGGGACAAGUGGCUGGUUUGAAGCCCAGCUUCCUGUGCUGAGGACCCAGGCAUGCCCCCUCCUCCACCCUGGAGAGAGUCUGAAUGCUGGGGGGUGGGAGGGGGCUGCAGGAGGAGGGGUAAGCAGCAGUGGUCCCAGCAUCAUCCAGGACCCUUUGG